GUUUAUGCUGAGACUGUGGAAAAGAUAUCAUAAACAUGGUUGAUCUCACAAAACACAGUUUCUUCCAGGCUGUUUCCCAUCGUGCCCCGCAAUUCAAGACUUCUUUGUUGAAGUAAGUAAAUAAAGGAUACAAUUUCAAGUCGGAACAUAAGAUUGAAUUUUUGCGUAGCAUUCAUUAUGGGAAGACCAGUGAAACAGCUGUGACGGAUCUAAAGGGGGAGGUACAAACUUGGGUCCCCCUGAUUCUUUUAUCCACUUCUAAACAGUUUAAAGAGGUUCGCACCUGACAUUUGGAGUAAUGUCAAUUUUUUGGAAAGUGUAUUUUUGAUUUCUACAUUGAAGGAGAAUUAGAAGAUUUAAAAGAAAAACUGGGGUCUCAAUGCUUGUUAUUGAGCAGCAGUGUUCUAAACAUGACCUUAUCAUACUUAAAAUUGACUCAAGAUUUAUUCAAUUAAACUUCAUUUGUCGUGGGUGUCAACACAACAUAAGCAACACAACACAAAAUAGCCACAUACUCAUAUAUUCUAACAAUAUUUAAUUCAUAUAAUUUUCAAGGUUCUGUCUUAAAAUCUAAAAAGAAACUAAAAAGAGUGGGGGUUAGAGAUCAAAGUUUUAAAUUACUGGCGAAAAUACUGAUUUUUUUGGGGGGGGGGGUUGAUUUUUUUUUUUUUUUUUUUUUUUUUUUUUUUUACAAAAUUUCAAGUAAAUUAACUUUAACUUUUUAUAGAAUCUAUGUUCUGUUUGGAAAGAUACAUCAAAUAAAUUGAUUACAACAUUUGAACACGUUCCAAGUCUCAGCUACAUGUACUUGUAUUAUACAUUAUGAAACUGAAAUUCACGUAUAAGAGUAUGAAAUUAGAAAAUAUAUUGGAUGAAACAGAAAGAAAUAUGCAGAUUUAGAACAUUUUGAUCAAUCAAUCCUUUCAUCACAAAAUAUAGUCCCUGCUAAACCCUUUCAAAAUGUGAAUCGACACCCAAUUUUUCAACUGAAUAGGUUCAGUAAUACAGUUUAAUACGUUUCCACCAAUGGGAUCAGUAUUGAACCAGUAAAUACUUAGUUGUAGCAUCCUGCGCAGUUGUGCUCAAACGUUCAGGAGCUAACUUCCUUAUGAAUAAAUUAUUGAAUUUGACAAAAUCAUCACACAUCCCGUUUAAAUCACGUGACAGAACGGGAGGUCUCUCUAUAUAUAGUGAAACAGGGCCCGCACAUUAAAUUCACCAAAGAGGCGGCUGUACAGAGGCCAUGUUGGAUACUUACAGUAAACUACUCAUGUGACCCUGACCCCAGAGAUGGACCCGCGUGCUCAGGACGUCCUACUGUGUGAUCUCUGUGAGGCUGACCCCCUACAGAGUUACUGUGAACUUUGUCAUAUAAAUCUUUGUACUCACUGUGUCAGUAAACAUCUCUCAGAUUCCUCUAAAAAACACAAUGUCGUACCUUAUUAUUUACACAGAAAGUUUUCUCCUAAACACCCAAAAUGUCUGAAACACGCCGACAAAGAUUGCGAAAUUUAUUGUGAUAAAUGUGGCAUUCCUGUUUGUACUACCUGCAUCGCCUCGGGUAAACACAAAGGUCACAAUUUAUCAGAUGUUCUGGAAAACCUCAGUUUUAAAAAACAACGUUUACAAAAAGAUUUGGAAGAACUCGAGACCAAAAUUUGUCCCCGAUAUGAAGCAAUGUCCUCCGAUGUCCAAACCGAGAAAGCUGAAAUAGAAACAAAUUAUGGGAAACUAACCAACGUUGCUGACCGACAAGGAGAAAUUUGGCACUGUGAGAUCACCACCAUUGUCAACAAACGGAAAUCUGAUAUUGAGGAGUCGAAAAAUAAACAUCUAGUUGCUUUAGAAAAACACGCAGACGAAAUCGCGCACAGAAUGACUGAAAUCAAACAGGUCAUUUUAGAAAUGAAAAAAAUUCUGGACACCAAUGACAUUUCCUUAGCAUCAACUUACAAAUCAAGAAAUGAUGAAUUCAAGAAAAUGACUCCUAAAUUCAAAGUUACACUACCAAGCUUAUCUACUCCAACAAUUAACACAGAACAACUUAAUGAAAUGUUUGGAUCUUUAUCACCAUUAUCCGAUAUAACAGCCAAACCACUGCUUGAUGUACCACGACUCACUGCCACCAUAGACACUGGGAAUGAUUUACUGCUCAGUAUUAGAUGUCUCGGUGAAGAACAAAUCUGGACAUGUGGGAAGAACAAAAUCAUGAAGCUGCUCAACCUGCAGGGUAAACUACUGACAUCAAUACAAACCGAGUCAGGGAGACGGGCACAAAACAUAGCAUUGACACGGAACGGAGAUCUUCUUUAUACUGACACUAAAAGUAAUACUGUAAACCUAGUGAAGAAUAAACAGAUUCUUACCGUCAUCACACUACAGGGUUGGACACCUCUCGAUGUCUGCAGUACCUCCGCCGAUGAUCUCUUAGUUACCAUGAUCAGUGGUGAUGAAAAACAAUCCAAAGUUGUGCGUUACUCUGGCUCCACAGAAACACAAACGAUUCAGUUUGAUGAUCAGGGUCGUCCUCUCUAUUUAUCUCAUGGCAUUAAACACAUCAGUGAGAACAGAAACUUAGAUGUCUGUGUUGCUGACAAUGGAGGUAAAGCAGUAGUGGUGGUCAAUCAGUCAGGAAAACUCCGAUUUAGAUACACUGGUCAUCCCUCUGAUACCAAGGAAUCCUUUCGACCAGUCGGCAUCACUACAGACAGCCAGAGUCACAUCCUGACAUCAUCCUGGGACAAUAACUACAUCCACAUCCUAGAUCAGGACGGACGGUUCCUCCGUUACAUUCAGAACUGUAAUUUAGACCAUCCAUUACGUUUAUGUUUGGACAUCAGAGACAACCUUUUUGUGGCUGAGUUAAAGACUGCUAAAGUGAAGAAAAUUCAAUAUCUAUCAGCACAGUGUUAAUUACCCAUAUCAACACAGUGUUAAUUACAUAUCUAAACACAGUGUUAAUUACAUAUCUAAACACAGUGUUAGUUGCAUAUAUACAAAGUUCCGUGUUCAUUACAGUAAUAAAUAUCAUGUUAAUUACAAUCAUGUGUUGAUUAUGUACAGCCGUGUUAAUUACUUCAGUGUUAGAGAUUUGUAAUCAAUGUGUGUAUUGACAGUAAAUCGGUGUUUUUUU